GUAUUUACUAUGCCUUUGGAUUAUAGCAAGUGGGAUAAUCUCGAGAUAUCUGAUGAUUCUGAUAUCGAAGUUCAUCCUAAUGUAGAUAAACGUUCCAUGAUUAAAUGGAAACAAGAAGCUAUUUACCGUGAGCGCGCUGAACGUAAAGCAAAGAUUGACUACUUGAACCAAUUUGUGCCUCAACAAAAGAACGUGUUGAAAAAGGUACAGGAGUUCAUCCAUAUGCUGAAGGAUAGCCAAGAUGCUUCUGUUGGUGUUCGACGUGUUGUAGAAGCCUUGGAUAAGCACAAGGAAGAAGCUACUCAGUUGCCUGUGCCUUCUGCUCCUGGUAUACCUCAAGGCAUGAGCAUGUCUGAAGUGUUCAGUACCAUGAAGACACAGAUUACGACAGGCAUGGCACAGACAUCACCUGAGCAAGUUAAGGCAUCAUUGUUGGAACGAUUUGAGCAAACACAAGCAACUGUUCAGAAGACAGUGGAUGGUGCAUCAGCUGAAUUGAACAAACUGGUGACUGAGGCCAACAAGAAGAUGACAAGUGAAAACAUGUUUACUUCAGAGAAAUCCAACAAGACGGUCAUCAAUAAACCAAAACCAUUGCCUAAAAAGUCAGCAGAGAAAAAAAAGGAAAAAGUGAUCGAGACGUUGAAUCCUCAUGCUACCAUGAAGGAUUUAAGUUUACAAGAGAAUGAUGCUGAUGAUGAGCAAGAUGAAGAAGAGGAUAUUGAAAUGACACCUAAGGCUACUCAGUUUUCCAAAUUGAAGGGAUUUGAUGAUAGCUACAAAUUCCUUACAAAUCAUCCUGAUAUCAUCAAUGAAAAGACAUCGGAUUCUAUUCUUGGACAAGCUUUUACCGCUCAAUUAAAAGGAGAACAAGACUAUGCAAAGAACUGUGUGAUUCAAUCCCUUUUACUUCAAUACUGUGGUCAAUUAGGUAAAGAUGGUGUCAAUGUGUUCUUUUCAAGAAUGAGUUCACCCAACACACAAGGCCGUAAAAUGUUCUUUGAUGAUGUCGAAAAGACAUAUGAUCGUAUUCGUACCCGUUGUGCUGAGAUUGCAGCUGAAGAAGUGACUGAAGAAAAUGGAGUAGAAACUAUUCAACUCCAACCUAUGGGUGAUGGCUCUCAACUGACCAUUCGUAUACCAACACCAGAAGAUGAGGCACCUUAUAAGGUCUUUACUUCUAUGCCUGUUUCUUUCCAAGAAGCACUCAAGACGGGUCAACUGGAUGAAAUCAACAAGGUAUUGGAGAAACUGCCUGUAUCUGAAGCAGAGAACCUUGUUCAUAUCUGUUCUGAAUAUGGAUUCUUGGAUGUAGAAGGACAAGUGCUGGAAGAACAACCACAACAACAAUAAAAAGGUUAAAAGCAGUCCUUAUUUUCUAUCUUGACAAUGUUACAUUUUAUAUGGCACAUCCUUAUAUCAUCAUCCACUCCCCCCUCCCCCUCCCACUUUAAGUGACAUUAAUCAAGUUUGUGCCUUUUUUUUUGAAUUUCUAAAAUAGUUAACAGAGCACGUUAAAACUCAAAGUGUAUUUUAUUCUAUUUCAACUAGGAAACGUUACACUCACUAAAUCUUCCUUUUAUAUAAAUAUCAAACAAAUUUUGAUCUUUCCAGAAAAUCGGCUGGA